AUGGUGAGAGGAUCAGCGGAAGACGGGUAUGAGCGACUGCCUUCAUAUUUGGAGCAAAUCAAGGCAGCAAAUCCGGGUUCUAUCACAGCUAUAGAACUUGAUUCUCUGAAUAGAUUUAAGUAUCUAUUUCUUGCUUUUGGAGCUUCGAUCAGAGGAUUUAAGUAUCAGAGAAGGGUCAUUGUGGUAGAUGGGACUCACCUAAGUGGGAAGUAUGGGGGUACUAUGUUGGUUGCAGCCGCACAAGACGGUAAUUUUCAGAUAUAUCCAUUGGCUUUUGGGAUCGUAGAUGGUGAGAAUGAUGAAUCUUGGGAAUGGUUUUUCACAAAAUUGGCGAGCUGUGUAUCUGAUGAGUAUCCUCUGGUGAUAGUCUCCGACAGGCACGCCUCCAUUAUAAAUGCGUGUGCUGCUUAUGCUCAUACACUUUACGAUUUUGAUCGGUACAUGGAUGAGAUACGGAGUGCAAAUCCGGAUCUUGCUGAUUAUCUGGAGGAAGCCGAUGUGACCCUAUGGUCUAGGGUUCAUUGUCAGGGAGACAGGUACAACUUAAAAACGAGCAAUAUCGCUGAAUCAAUUAACUCCGCACUGAAGCGAGCAAGAGGAUUUCCUAUUCAGUUCCUGCUGGAGUUCAUAAGGGACUGGUUAGUCGUCCAGAAGACCUUUAAGUAA